GAGGAACAACGCAGCUGCACAGAGCAAGAGCCAGGGUUGAUUUCACGACUCCCUGUACUGGUUGAUGUACUGAGAUGACAACAAUUAUUAUUAGAAAGACGUUUCCUUCACCCGGAGAUCAAGAUCCACAUGACAGGCUAAACACACGACGAGGUGCCAGUAGCCCCGCACCUUCCUAGAACAUGAUUGCCAAGUGCAGGUAGAAUAUGGACCCAGGUUGGACUGCACUUGACGCAAGAAGAGAGUGAAGGAGUCCCAAAUGAGAUGGCGGCGCUGGUCGUGUCUAUACCUGAAGUAAAGCGGUCCCAAGCGGGCCACACACUUUAUCUAGUGACUGUAGCAAGCUCUGCUUCACAUGGUGCGAAUGCUGCCUCAGCUGAACAGACCCGUGUUUAUCGACGCUACAGCUCUAUUCUUCGCUUACACCGUCACCUGCAAUCACUGAUAGAACAAGCCAGUGGUGAUGAUGAUCAAUUGCCGGAUUUGCCAAAAGCUAAAUACUUUGGGCGUUUCAACAAAGAUGUUGUGGAGAAGCGGCGUCUAGCCAGUCAGCUCUUCUUGGCAUUCGUUGUCCAGCGGCCGUUGCUCUACCAGACGAAUGCUGCCAAGGAUUUUUUCAAUGAUGAUAUUAAUGAUUUGCCAUCGUCCGGGGCUACGCCUGUCUCCUCUAUGGACGACCCUGGAGUAUCUGAUUCCUUCCAACCGACUCUGGUCUCACCAGCUCCUGCCCAGUCAAACAGGAUAUCUCUGUCCAGAGCAGGAAGCUGCAACUCCGUUGACAGUCUACCAGACCCUCCUGAUAUCAAUGAUAAUGAGUUUCUGCGGCAGCUCACGCCUGAAUUUUGCUUUGAUGAGGUCGCAGCGGACCGGUUGGAAGAUUCUACAUCUUGCGAUCAAAUUGAUGGUGGUGAAGAUCCUUUGUCUCCAAAACGAUUGUCACAGGCUGUUUGUUCUGAUGCAUUGUCAGCUGGCAGUGACUCUAUUUGGUUAAGCAGAGCGGUCAGUCCUACACCAGACUCUGCUGAUAUCGAAGUAGGUGAGCGAUCGACAAGCAAUCCAUUCUUUGAAAGUAGAAGCACUUCUGGAGGAGAUGCAUGCACCGCUGACCUGCAAGCCACCAUGUUAGAUGUGAGUGUCCUAUGUGAUGAGACUGUGCAUGCUGCUGAAGCCGAGGAGGAGGGCGGAGAGGCAGCCGAUUCCUGCGAAGAAAGUGACAAUGAAGAUAGCGCCGACAUCAAGUCACGGUCAUCGACUUUGGUGCAACAUGACUGCAACCAUACAGUGACCAACAACAGUCUUUCAGCUAUCACUGCGGAAAAUGACCGUCAACACGAUCAAGAUGGAUCUUCUCAACCUGCGAGCAGUGCAGGGCGACCAACCGACUUGAAUCUGGAUUUAAAAAACAGAACUCAGCCAACCGCUGAUUUGUCGCAUGCAGGGAAAAGUAGUGAUGAGCAAUCAUCAGAUGUUGACUAUAUAGUGACUGCCUCAAGACUGGUGUCCAGGGCAAUUGCAGCUGAAAGCCAAUCCCAGUACGACGAGGCAUAUGACCUCUACGUCAAUGGUGUUGGUGUUUUACUAUCUGGGGUGCAAACGGAUUCGAAUUCCUUUCGACGCGAUGCUGUGCGAAUGAAAACUGCCCAGUAUUUGCAGCGAGCAGAAGUGUUACAGCGUGCUCAGGGCGGCAGUGCUGGUAACCAGGAGGGUAAUCAUCUGCGGGAAGAGGUCAGCCAGCUGCCGUAUCUCACAACGUCCGGCUUAUCAGGGAAGCAAUCCAGUGCCGUGCGUGUCUUGUCGGCUUUGGAAAGUCCUCCUGCUUCCCUCUCCUAUCUUACCAACAUUCACCAGCAUUCGGCAACGUUGAAAAACAUUGAAAGACCUGUUCAUGUUGGUCCUCGACUUCAAGAUUACCGAGUUCUCCGGCCAGUCGGCAAGUGUAUGUUAGUGGAGAACAAAUUCACUGGUGAUGUUUAUUUGAUCAAGAGCCUUGUCAAGAGUCAGUGCAUCUCCAGCAGCAGCAGUAGCAGUAGUAGCAGCAACUCGGCCAGGAGAAGCCAGUGUCGGAUGAAGUAUCUAUGUCCAUACAUGGUAAAGCCAAUUGGUCACUUUGAGACGGCCAGCAGUGUGUUUCUACUGCUGGAGUACAUACAGCGUGGAUGUCUCUGGGAUCAUCUUGGUCGCUUUCACAGUGCAGCAGCCACUCCUGGCAGUGCCAACCCCGGCGCCGUGGACACAGCCGAUACUACCCCGUUGCUUGGUGUCGCUGAGAAGCAAGUGAGGCGCUGGUCUGCUCAGCUGGUCGUCGCCCUGUCCAGCUUGCAUGCGUCUGGCUUUGUGUGGAGAGAUCUGCACUCAAAGAACGUGCUGCUGUCUGAAGAAGGCACUAUUCUGCUGACGUACUGCGGUGAUUGGGAGCAUAUUGAGAGGCCGACAAGCUCUUGGGCCAUCAAGAACAUGUUUGUUGCACCAGAGUUGUCUUGGACAGAGGCUCCCAGCCCUGGAGCAGACUGGUGGAGUUUAGGUGCUCUGAUUUAUGAAUUGCUGACCGGACGUAGCUUUCUGUCAAUGCAUCCUGGUGGCGUCACUCAGCAUGAACGACUGCGAUUACCAGCUGGUCUGUCGGAGCGUAGCCAGUCCUUGCUGAUGGGGUUCUUGCAGGUGAACCCCAGGGAGAGGUUAGGCGCUGGUCCGACUGGUGUAGAAGAGAUCAAGUCCCACCCAUUCUUUGCCAAGAUCCGAGGCUGGCACAGCUAAGUACCCGUACAGCCAGGAAUAGCAGUGUGUUGAAGAUGCACGCACACACACACACACACACGCACACACACACACACCAUGCGCACACACACACACACACACACACACACACACACACACACACACACACACUACUACUACUACUACUACUACUAUAGCAUGACUGCCCAUUGGGCAAUGUCACCCCCGGAGGGGGCCAGAGUUUGGAGGGCACCGUCUUUGGCAGGACUUCUGGUGCCUCGUGAAGUCUUGCUGUCGUCGGAAACGCUUUGGGCAAUGCAUGCGGAUCAGCGGCAGUGAUUCCCUAUCGGCUGCAGCAAGACGUUUUCCACGGUUGCAGCACACACACACACACACACACACACACACACACACACACACACACACACACACACACACACACACACACACACACGACAUAACUAACUUAUAUGCACCGUGUAGCCAUACAGGGAUGCAUCUAGGUAACUAACCUUUUGAAGAUUAGUUACGGUCAAGUUCCAGUGCAUGUUACUUAUACUGUGCUGUGCUUGCCCCCUUGAUUUGGUCGGUAGCAGUGGUCAGCGAUUAAUUUAUGAAAACAACGAAGCAUUCUCGCCGUCCGUCUUUAUUUCUAUUUUCUCCAUUUCACUGAACUAGACCCAGUAGCACCAUGCAUGCACAAGCAAUUACAUGUACUGGAUAAGGGUAUGCGGGGCCUGCUGGACAGUCCUCAGCUCCCUGACUUCAACCCUCCACAUUGACCAUCAGCAUAAAACUACCUGUUUUGUUAAAUAAUUCAAACUGCUUUUCUCGACGACCGCUAAAUUUAAAACUGGCAUACUAAUGUAAACAGCACAAAAUUUACCCACAUGUUUGAAAUACUCUUACAUGUAUGUGAUCAUGUCAUUUAUAGGACAAUACUGAUGUUCAUAGUCUCUGAGUUAUUCUUUCCUUUCUCUAUUUUUUCUCUAUUUUAUGUAUGUUUUACUCUGUUUCAACCAUAUCCAAAAGUAACAAGCACAAAUCAAGUGCACAGAUCA